AUGUACCUGCUGGUUGCUGCAAUCCCAGUUGGUAGAUGUGGAUUCCAGCGGAUGGUGUCGCUGUACAAGGUGAGUGUGUGGCUCAACAAUUCCAUCGAUCCAUUUGAGAGUGUAUCAAGGAAGGGUGAGACAUAUUGGACUCAAGUGGCUAAAACUUACAACAAGACUAUACCGGAUGGAAGGAAGAGGGAUGUUGAUUCUCUAAAAGGGCAUUAUCACAAGAUAACAAAUAAGGUCACUUUAUUCAAUGUGUGCCAUGGAGCUAGUGGUAGGAGUGAUGCUCAGCUAAUGGAACAUGCCAUGGAGCUGUACAACAGCCGAAGCAAUAGGAAGACAUUUGGGUUUGUGCACUUGUGGAUGCUAAAGGUGGUCGUCGAGAGGAAGGAGGCCAAGCUCAUAAAGGCUAGGAACACCGCAAUGGAUACGUUUCCUCAGAUGCUCCAGGUGGACACUUUUAACACGGAGUCUUGGGCAGAUUCACACCUCUUAGAUCAACUCUGA